ACAGAAAAUCUGAGGGCUGAUACAGAAGUUGGAAUCCUUGCCAAGUCCUACAUUGAUCAAGGGCGGCUUAUUCCAGAUGACAUCAUGACACGACUAAUGCUGAAUGAGCUAAAAGGUCUAGAUCAGUACAACUGGCUAUUGGACGGUUUCCCCAGAACAGUUGCUCAGGCAGAAGCCCUGGAUAAAGAAUGUCAAGUAGACACUGUGAUUGACCUAGACGUGCCAUUUGAGACCAUAAAAUGUCGGCUCACAGCACGUUGGAUCCACCCUGCUAGUGGCAGAGUCUACAAUCUUGAAUUCAGUCCUCCCAAAGUGCAGGGCAUUGAUGAUAUUACUGGAGAGCCACUUGUUCAGCGUGACGAUGAUAAGCCAGAGACAGUUACCAAGAGGCUGCAGGCUUAUGAUGCACAAACAAAACCUGUUCUAGAAUAUUACCGGCAAAAAGGGCUAUUGAAAUCCUUCUCUGGAACAGAAACCAAUAAGAUCUGGCCACAUAUCUAUGCUUUCCUCCAAACCAAGUUGCCAGAUGUGAGCCAGAAAGAUGCUGCCACUCCCAGAAUGUGGCCAUCACUAGUACUAUAA